AGUUCACGCGAGACUGUCGCCAUGUUUGGUUAUUUUAUUUGUUUUUAAAGCGGAGUAGCACUAAGACACAGCAAACGCUCCUAGUUUUUAUCUAACGUGAAAUUUUGUUUAAGUUACCUAAAUGACACGAGGAACGCGUUCGCAAUCGUAUAUGAGAUAUAUGUAUAUUUUUUUUUGCCAGUGCAACCAGUGAGAAAUAAUCAAAAAGAGAAAAAAAAAACAAAAUAGCACAAAAAUAGCCUUAAAAAGAAGAUUCGACAGUCGCAGCGGCACCAUUACCAACAACAACAACAUCGCAACAGCGGACAGCGACAGCAACAACAUUUAACUGUAAAACGCCGCAACGCAAGCAGAGCAGCAAAAAAAAGCGCUGAAAAGUGUUACAAAGUGAAAUUGCCUUUUGCGUCACACAGAAAUUAAGUACACGGCAUCAGCAGCAACAACAACAUUUUUUAGUGUGUCGAGUUGCAGCGUAUAAAUUCCAAUUGGAAUUCCCCUGCUGCCUGCAACAGCAACAACAAUAACAAAAUGGGCGACUUUGAUUUAAAUGUCGACAGUCUCAUACAGCGGCUGCUAGAAAAUUUCAAAAAACAAAAAGAGGCCGAAGAGCAUGCACAGAAGCUGCUCAUUGCUCAACAAUUGGCCGCUUCUGGUGGUGUCGGUGGCAUUGGUGCCUCAACGUCAACCUUGGCGUCCCUGGCGUCGUUGGGUGGUGGCGGCGGCGGCGGCGGCGGUGGAGGAGGAGGCGGCGGCGGUGGUGGCGGCUGUGGGACGCCCUCGAGUGCGACGAGUUGCGGAUCCGCAGCAUCCUCGACGACGAACGAUCCGCUGGACGAGCUCACCGAACAGCAGCGUCGCAUGUUGCAACAAUAUUCGAUAUCGCCACCAAGCGAGACUAUGAUAUCGGCCGAUGGCGAUCAGAUAACGGUGCAUCAUCCACGCGAGGAGCCCAAGAAAUCCAGAUUGAAAUUGCGUGAUUUCUUCGUUGCCGAAUUUGUGCGCAGCUGCCGCACCGGAAAACAGGUGCAAAUGACGGAGGCCGAGGUGCGUGGCUUGUGUCUGAAGUCACGCGAGAUAUUCUUGCAACAGCCGAUACUGCUGGAGCUGGAGGCGCCACUGAUCAUCUGCGGCGACAUCCAUGGCCAGUACACAGAUCUCUUGCGCCUGUUCGAAUACGGCGGCUUUCCGCCCGCCGCCAACUAUCUGUUCCUCGGCGAUUAUGUGGAUCGGGGCAAGCAGUCGCUGGAGACGAUCUGCUUGCUGCUGGCCUACAAGAUCAAAUAUCCGGAGAAUUUCUUUUUGUUACGCGGCAAUCACGAGUGCGCCAGUAUUAAUAGAAUUUAUGGCUUUUACGAUGAGUGCAAGCGUCGCUACAAUGUGAAACUCUGGAAGACCUUCACAGACUGCUUCAACUGUCUGCCCGUCGCCGCGAUCAUUGACGAGAAGAUCUUUUGCUGCCACGGCGGUCUCAGUCCCGAUCUGCAGGGCAUGGAGCAGAUACGCCGUCUGAUGCGUCCCACAGAUGUGCCCGACACUGGGCUGCUCUGCGAUCUGCUGUGGAGUGAUCCCGACAAGGAUGUCCAGGGUUGGGGCGAAAACGAUCGUGGCGUCAGCUUCACCUUUGGCGUUGAUGUUGUAUCAAAGUUCUUGAAUCGACACGAGCUGGACUUGAUUUGUCGUGCACAUCAGGUUGUCGAGGAUGGUUACGAGUUCUUUGCGCGCCGUCAGCUGGUCACACUGUUCUCGGCGCCCAACUAUUGCGGCGAAUUCGAUAAUGCUGGCGGCAUGAUGACCGUGGACGACACGCUCAUGUGCUCAUUCCAGAUCUUGAAACCAUCGGAGAAAAAGGCGAAGUAUUUGUACAGUGGCAUGAACUCAUCCCGGCCGACAACACCGCAGCGCAGCGCCCCAAUGUUGGCGACCAACAAGAAGAAAUAAUAUAUCCAUCCGCUUCCAUUUCCUUAAAGGUUCAACCUCAAAAACAAAAAAAAAAAAAAAAAAACAGCAAAUAACAACAAAAACAAAUACAACAGCAACCGCAAAUAGCAAAACAAAGAAAUAACACGAAAUACAUCAUAAAUAACUUUUAUAUAUUAUACAAAUUAAAAUGUCAAAAUUAAAUGUGUGCAAAUAAUUAACUAGUUGGAAAGCAAAAAAAAAAAAAAAAAAAUAUAUGAACAGAUAAAAACAAACAAAAAAACAAAAUUGAAGUGCAGAGUAAAAACAAAAGAAAUGAAAAAUGCGUUGAAAAAAAAAAGAUGUGAUGAAGAGAGAUAUCUGUAUGAAUCGAGUGUAUAUGUAUGUUAUCAUUACCUGUAUACAAAUUCUAUAUUAUUUAUUUACUUUACAUGUACAUACAUGUUGCUAUAUGCAUAUAAAAACACCGACACAACUCUACACUACACUACACUUUACACACACACACACACAUAACAUGAGAAGGAAAUAGAAACACUUAAGUUCUCGCAUUUGUUUAUAAAAAUCUUGUUCGCUAUUCAAAAUACAAUUGGCCAAAAACAGACACUACACAAUUGAUUGAUUGUCGUCCUCUUCAACUCUUCCCCUCUCCCCAUGCUUUUGUCACCCCGCCCCAGCCACUCAAACUAAACAACACAACACAAUCCACACUCACACACACAACACACAAAGAAACACACGCGAAAAGAGUACAGCGAUUUAAGCAAUGAAUUUAUAUAGGCAUAUAUAUUAUAUAUUAAUGUAAACUAUAUACGAUAUCUACUUAUAUGUAUGUACUACCAACCAAAAUGCAAGAAUAUGCAACAAAAUAAAAACAAAUAAUUCAAAGGUAACGUGUGCAGUGUUUGCAACCACAACAACCACAACAACAACAACAGCAGCAGCAACAACAACAAUGGAAAAACAAUAAGAGCAAGAUAUGAAACUCUAGAGAAGCAACUAAACGUAGUUUAUCAUUUAAUUAUCAACAAAAGCUAAACAAAAAAAAAACUUUUAUUGUUGUCUAACAAAACAAAAACAAAAAAAAACUAAAGGAAAAAAAUAAGAAAACUUUGAAAAGUUUACGACUUAAACGUAAGGCAGUUAAACUAUGUGUAUUUUUUUUAUUUGUUUAAUUUAUUAUCAUUACGAAAUUUAUAUAUAUAUUUUUUCCUCUUUUUGUUCUUAUCGAUUUGUUUAACUAAUUUAUUGCAAUCCUUACAAUGUAUUUAAAGCUAAUCGUAAAAUACGAAAGAGAAAUUAAAACCGUAAAUACUAUACGUAUAAAUAUAAAUAUAUAUUUUUUUUUGCAAGUGACAAAAUAAAUGAAUAUUUAAAUAUACAUAUAUACUAAAAAGAAAUAAAAAAUAGGUUUAAAAACAAACUGUUAACUGCAAAAAAACAAAAACAAAACAAAAAAAAUGAAGAAAACAAAGCAUAUUAAAUAAAUCUAAAUACAAAUACAAUUUUAAAUUGUGUAGGUGAUGUAAAUGGGCGCAUUUACAACUUCUGUUUGUUAAUCAUGAUGUUAAGUCGUUGUUUCCAUUCCCUUCAAAUGAGUUAACAGUAACACAAAACAGCGACAGCAACAGUUGAGCGUAGAGCAUUUUUCAUUUGAAACGUGAAUUGGAUCGCAUCGAAAUAAACUAAAACAAAAAAAAAAAAAAAAAAAACAA